AUACUAGUACAAUUAGAAAUGCCGCAAAAGGCAAAACAAAAACAAAAACUAAAACGCCCUCUCUCUCCUCCAGUUCUGUGCCUCUUCUCAGUGUUGACGGAGAAGGAUGAGGUGACGGAGCCUCUCUUCUCUCGUAAACGGCGUAACGGACAUCCGAAAAGGAGUCACGUGGCGAAGAAAAAGAAAAAGGGUGGGUCGGGUCAGGUGGAGUGAAUGGCUUUGGAGCAGGAAUUAUCUUUGGGUCAGAAUACGAAUAACCGAAACACAAACACAAACGGCGUGGAUAGUGGAGAAGAGGGAGGGAAAGCGCCGAGGCUGCCUCCUGGGGGGAAAGAACAAGAGAUCCUGGUUCUAAUACGGGGAAAGAGAGACGCGGAGAACAAGUUCAGGAGGGGUCGGACAGCGGGAUUGGCAUUCGGGUCGGGUCAGGUGGAGCCAAAAUGGGCAUCGGUGUCAUCUUACUGCAGAAAGCAUGGAGUGAACAGAGGUCCGGUUCAGUGCCGGAAAAGGUGGAGUAAUUUGGCCGGAGACUAUAAGAAGAUCAAAGAAUGGGAGUCUCAGAUAAGGGAGGAGGCGGAAUCGUUUUGGGUGAUGAGAAACGAUUUAAGGAGAGAGAGGAAAUUGCCCGGAUUUUUCGACAAGGAGGUCUAUGAUAUUCUUGAUUCAGGCUCGCAGGCGCCGACGUUGGCACUCGCUCUUUCGUCGCCCACAGUAACGCUGCCCAAGGACAAUGACACUAAAAGAGUGCCUGACCCCGAGGAGCCUCAUCCUCACCUGAACCUCUAUGAUAGUAAUCGAAGUGCCGCUGGCGAGGAUGGCUUGUUCUCAGAUUUUGAACAAGAUGAACUCCCUGCUAGUCCCGAGAAGAAGGACAUUUUAACGCCCUCCAUUCCUGCUCCCAUCCCUAUCUCAGAGAAACAAUAUCAACCACUCCUCCGCGGAUGCCAGGCUGAAGGUGUGACUAACGAGAAACAGUCUACUUCAAAUCCAGAAAUGGGUUCUACAUCUCAAGGAGAGCGGAAAAGGAAGCGGUUAGCAACUGAUGGAGAGGAGGAAACAUUGCAAUAUCAAUUAAUUGAUGUCUUAGAAAGAAAUGGCAAGAUGCUAAGCGCUCAACUUGAAGCGCAGAAUAUAAAUUUCCAGUUGGAUCGGGAGCAGCGGAAAGACCAUUCAAGUAAUUUGGUUUCUGUGCUUGAUAAGCUUGCAGAUGCUCUAGGGAGAAUCGCUGAUAAAUUAUAGUGCAAGAGCAAUCAAAAUACAGUGUACAUAGAAGUUGAAGUCCGGUAGAUAAUAGUGGUUUCUGUUAUUUGUCUCGGGAUGUCUUCUAGAAGAUGACUGCCACACUUGUUCCCCGUUUGUUUUCCUUUCUGGACAUGCCAUAUUUUUGUGGUUUAUUACUGCCAUUUUAGGAUUUUACACACAUUUGGAUUACAGCUCUCUCUCUUACUGUUAAUAUAAAUAUAAAUCUAAAUGAGGUUAUACGAGUCUUUCCCUGGGAAGUACUGCUUGUAUGGAUGACAUUUCAUAUUUAGAUUCACUUUUAUUAGAU